AUGAGUUCUGCUUUUGCUAAUCGGAGGAAACCUCGCAAGGUUGACGUGGACGACGAGGAGAACGACGGUGAUGAUCAAGGUCAGUAUACUUCUGGACAAGCUGAUUCCUCAUGGUUCCAGGCUCGAGGCAUUAACUAUCGAAUUUUAGACACUGGACCCGUUGUCAAGCGGCCGAAUCCCGUCAAGGCGAAACAAAAGUCGAAAUUACGGCUAUCUUUCGGACCCGGGGAGACAUCAAUGACAGAGGAUAGCGGGCCGGAUAGCGAAGUCAUUCUGCCGAAGCGGCUUGGUCUGGGGAGACGAGUAUUGGAAAAAAGUACACUUCAAAGAGUAGGAAAUGCGCCUGGCUUGGGCGAUCAGCUUCCCAUGAGGAUCGGAUUAGAACAGGACAGGCCCAGCUACAGUGAGGAAUAUCUGAAAGAACUCCGGGAUUCGACCCCCUCGACUCCCAAGUCAGCAACGGACGAAGAGAAAGACAACACGAUUGAUGUGGCUGCGAAAUUCGGCGAGGUGAUGAAAGUGUCGGCGCCUUCAGCUAUCCCAACCGAGGCAGAGAUCAGAGAGAAGAAAGCCCGGAGAGCGCGCCUAGCGAAGGAACAGACAUACGAUACGAAAGAAGAGGACUACAUAUCCUUGGAGGACAAUGUCGAAGAUCACGAAUGGGGGAUUACAACCGAGAAAGAAGACUUGCGCGAUACUAGGCUCAUCCGCGACGAUGAGGAUUUUGCCGAAGGUUUCGAUGAGUACGUGGAGGAUGGUCGAAUUUCCCUUGGGAAAAAAGCCGAGCGCGAGCAGAGAAAGAAGCAGCGCGAGGAGAUGAAAGAACUCAUAGAGGAUGCUGAAGGCAUCUCGGACGAGGACGAUUCAGAUCUGGAGGAGAAGGCGGCCUACGAAGCCGCUCAGACAAGGGCUGCAAUCGGCUACGGAGGCAAAGAGCAUGUCGACCGGCCGAGGACGCCGCCCAAAAUGACCUCUCUCCCUCGUCUUUCGACCAGCUUGGAUCGAUUGCGCAUGAACCUGGCGGUUCUGGAAAAGUCCAGGACGCAAAUGAUCAACCGUAUGGAAGAGCUGCGGAAGGAGAAGGCUGAUAUAGCUGUACGCGAAGUAGAGAUCCAAGCUCUUAUCAAAGAAGCCGGGGAUAAUUAUGAGAGACUGAAACAGGAGGCUGGCCUUACUCCCGGCUCGGAAGAGGAUCCUUCAACUGCCGGUGCCAUGAUGACCUCUCGCGGACUCGAAAGCUUUGGAGCCUCCAUACCCGGCUCAACAGGCAGCUCCGAGAGCGAGUCGUGA